AUGUCUCGCCCGACUUCAUCAUCAUCAUCACAAAGACCUUCUGGUUCAGGAUCAACCAAUAUGAUGGGUGGUGAAUCAAUGGGACGUGUGCAUACCUUUUCACCUACUCCCUCAGCCUCGACAUCCCAUCAACCCAUCUAUUACACCCACGAACAGAUCGUUCCGGAUGGCUACAUUCAGCCUUAUAAUUCAUACGGAGGAGAGAUUCAAGGUCAGAUGAUCACACCAUAUGCAGGACAUCAGGUAGCUCAAGGAAGGAUAGCGAUUCCCAUGCAUGGUCAUCCAGGGAAUGUCAUGGCUAUCAAUGGAAGAGGAUCAAAUAAGACUCCAAUGAGGUCUACCCCACCACCCGCAAAUGGAUUUGACGAUUUAGGCCCCUCGCCAUUCUUGCCUGAAGAGGAAACGACACCUUACUUACCAGCUCAUUUCGAAGCCUACGGUCAAAUGUCGGCAUCACCAAGUAUGGGUCAGAUGCAACUUGCUCAACAGAAUCAUUUGGUAUCUCCUACAGAUCAGAUGAACAUGGCAAGAAUGGCACCUCCACUACACAGGAAUAAUACAAUGCCUUUGUUAGGCCACGGUCACCAACAUCACCAACAAUAUCAACAACCACAACCCUUACCUGUUGGACGUCAAAGGCAGACCGCUCAGCAAGGAAGACCAGCUGUGAUUCAGCGUCAACAAUCGAUGCCAGGUCAAAUUCAACGACCAACUGCAUUAUCAAGGCAUGCAUCGUUACAUGGUCCUUCUCGCUCGGCAAGUCCUCAUAUCGGUGGCGAUAUUUUCGACCCUGUUCCGCCCGCCGCCAAUGGUAGUCCAUCGAUGAGGCAACAAAUGCACCCACUACCUCCUGCACUUGAUAACAUGGAUAUCUCAUGGGAUUUGUCGUCUUAUGACACUGCUUUUAACCCUACUGGUCAAGGUAUCUCUCCGGCUCGUGCACUUGGACCUGCUCCCAACUAUCCUCAGCGAUUCUCACCUCACCGUGAAGCACAUAUUAUCACUCCGCAGAACAACAAACUCGGCUACAACAAUCAAAUCCAUUCGUCAGCCGUCUCGGUUGCGUCCACGGCCACUACCUCCUCAAGCAUAUCGAGCAUGAGUGAUAUCAGUGUUCGGUCGGCUCACCAUCAGAUCAAGCAACAUGAUGGCGAUAGCAGUGAUGAUGAGCAUGAUUCACCUACCCGUGGUCCUUCUGCGUCUCGAGCUAUGAUGACGAUGCAUCUCGAGGAGAAACGAAACUCUGGUCAAAUGCCUCGAAUGAUCAAACAGAUACCUAAAUCAACUGCCACUGGUGGACGAACAUCUGCCAAAUUUGCUAAAGUCGCUGAAGAUCCAGGUGUCGAAGGUGUUCCUCCUGGACCUCGACCUAUGGAAAGACCCAGUCCGUCCUUCGCAUGUAUCAUCGGACAAGCCAUCCUCCGUUGUAAAGCUGGUGGUCUCUCGCUGGAGCAUAUCUACCGAUACGUCGAGACGGCAUACCCUUUCUUCAAAAACGGUGAUGGAGCUUGGCGAAACUCGGUCAGACAUAAUCUCUCGAUACACAAGAUGUUCGAGACUAUCCCUCGUACGGAAAUGUUCCCACCGGGUAAAGGAGGUAUAUGGAUCAUUCAUGAAGAUGAGAAAUGUCACUGGCCGGCAGAAGACAAAUUCAUCAAGAACUUCCCACCUUCUCACCCCCAUCAUGCGGUCUGUCGACAGACCCUGCACGAGAAAGCGAAAGAGAAUGAAGCGAUGGAGAAGGCUGCUAGGGAAGGAAGAGUCUAUGUACCCAAGAAGGGAAAGAAGGGAAGGAAGUUGGCGGCGAAGGAUGAAGAUGAUGAUGAGGGUUCGACGGAGAUGAUCAGGACUUCCUCGAUGUUGACUGAAUUCCCAAUGCAACGUACCGAAUCUCAACAGGAUUUAGACUUAGGAGGAUCGUCAACACCAAUAGCGGAAGCUGAGGAUGAAUCGACUACACCGAAAGUGACAUUCAAGUUACUCGAACCACCCCCACUGAACAAACAGGAAUCGACGGAAUCGGCUGAAUUGGAAGAUGAUGAAGGUGAAUUCUUACCGAUCGAAGCUGAACUUCCCGAUCCUGCACCUGUGGAUGUCACCCCUGUUGAUCCUGUCCGUAAACGGGAUGAACAGAUGGCUCGCAAUGGUAUGAUGAUGCCACCUCGAUUCGAAAGGAAGGAGAAGAGGAGACCACUCGAAGUUGAAGAUGAUAAUGUUUUCACUUCAACCAAGAGGGUCAGAGUGGCAGAACCCCUCGCACCGAUACAUCCUAUUCCACAAGAAACAUCAGUGUCAAUCAAAGAGUUGGAUGAUUCUUUCAUUACGCCGGAGAGGGAACGACCGGUAUCAAAUAACAAGAACAUCAUGUCAAGUGCAUUCAAAACUCCCGCUCUUAUCCAAACUUCUUCUUCUCCCGGCUCAUCGCCCAUGCCAUCUACCAUCACUCGAUCAACCCACCAUCCAUCGGCACUGCAGCAGACGUGGACGCACGAUGAUAUGGCCGAGAAUCACUCGCGGGAGUCAUCGCCUGCCAGACCGAUGUUGGAUGCUGCGUUCGACUUCAAACCUAAGGCUCCGCCUCGUGCUAGGACGUUAGCUCAGGAAGAUGACUAUCUUCCGUCUAAACAGGCUGCCCACCAUCACUCACCUAGAGCUCCACCGAAGACACCUGUUAGUCGAUCAUCAGCUGCGACCGACAAGACACCGAGGUUGCAGCAUUUGCGCACACCUAGUAUAUCAAAGACACCAAUGUUCUUUGGUGGAUCACCUGCUCUCCCACCUCCAUCUGCUAGUGCACUGCUUUCGACGCCGAUGUGGGAAGUUGGAGGUGUGUUAGAUAGGUUGAAAGAUCAUUUGACGGGAUCGCCAACGCACAGUACGAAUUCGGGAUCGAUCCGAUCGCCUAUGCCUUCGACUGAUCCGACGAGAUAUGCCAUGUUGUUGGAUAGUGGAGGAUCACCAAGGAAGAGAAGGGACGUUAGUUUGUAA